AUGUCCGGUUUUGUUAAAAUAGCCAUAGAUGACUAUUAUUCAGAUAAUAACUGGACGGAAAUCAUUACCAAGUAUUGGAUGCUAGCGGAAAGAGUCUCAGAUCCUCGAGUACAAGGAUGGUUACUCUUCGACACUCCGAUCGCGACACUUGCGAUGGUUAUAGCGUACCUUAGCUUUGUGAUGGUGGUAGGUCCACUAUGGAUGGCGAACAGAAAGCCUUUUAAGAUCAAGAAUAUACUAGUUGGCUACAACGCAGCACAAGUUCUACUGUCAUUAUACAUGUUUUAUGAGCACCUAAUGUCAGGAUGGUGGUAUGAUUACAGCCUCACUUGCCAGCCAGUCGAUUACAGCGACAGUGAAAAAGCGAGACGGAUGCUACAUCUCUGCUGGGUUUACUAUUUUUCAAAGCUAUCAGAGUUCGCGGACACAAUAUUUUUCGUGCUAAGGAAAAAGAAGAGUCAAAUCACGUGGCUUCAUCUCUACCAUCAUUCCUUGACACCUUUUGAAGCUUGGAUUUUAGUUAAAUUUAUUGCAGGUGGUCAUGGAACGUUCUCGAACAUAGUCAACAAUCUCGUGCACGUGAUUAUGUACAGCUACUACAUGUUGGCUGCGAUGGGUCCUCAGUACCAGCAGUACUUAUGGUGGAAGAAGCAAAUAACGACGCUACAACUGGCACAAUUCUUCAUAGUGCUAUUCCAUUCGAUAAGCGCGCUCGUGUAUGACUGCGGUUAUCCAAAAGCCAUUGCUUCUGGUCUUAUUCUCCAUUCAACAAUUUUCAUCGUGCUCUUCACAAAUUUCUACAUACAAGCGUACAAAAAGAAAAGUUUACAAAAACCCAAAGUGACAGUAGACGCUUGUAAUAAUAACACGAAUGGUUACAUCCCUAUGACUCAUAUGAAGAAUGGAAAUGUCCACUCUGUAAGUAACAUCACUAAUGGGUUCACAAACGAAGUGAAUAGAAACACUGGAUAUAUUCAAGACUUAAGCAGUCAAUCAAAAACCAAUGAGUAUGUAAGUGAGUUGAACACUACGCAGCAUCGAAAUGAAUUAAACAGCUAUAUAGAUGGUCACUUAAAAGAAAAAGUGCAG